AUGGAAAGAUUGGGAUCCUCGUCCAUGGUUCUGGAGAACGUAUGGGCCUCUUUCCUUGCAGAAGAAAUCCCUUACAGGCCAGAUUCUCAACUUCAAGGCGGUGCAGCUUGUAUCACUUCUCCUCCCGCCUCAACAGCAAAUUCCAUGUCAAUGAAUCACUGCAACGCCACUUUGAGGGACUCCAAUUUGAGCACCUGUGAAGAUGAUGGUUUGUGUAAGACGCUGAAUGAAUCAGAUUUAACCGAUGUUCUAGAAAGGCUUGGGAGGCUGAGAAGCGUUACAGAGGUGUUCGGCGACGGCCGUUGGGAAAGUACGCUGCGGAAAUUCGAGACAACGAGACAUGUUACCCGGAUUUGGCUUGGCACAUUUUUGACGGCGGAGGAGGUGGCCAUGGCGUACGACAAAGCAGCUUUUAAAAUGAGAGGUGCUCAAACCCAGUUGAACUUCCCAGCGGAAACAGUCGAACGGGCUCUGGCUAGUCAAGAAUAUGUCGACUGCAAACAGAUAAUUCCUCCGUUGUGA